AUGCCUGGAUCAGACUCGGACGCAGAGGACGACCAGCCGUACAGUGACCUCGCAGAUGCGCCUGACAUCUAUGUAGGUUACCUUCCAUCAUUUCGUGCACACUUGCGAGAUACCAGAGCCCACCUCGCUGGGUCUAUUCCCUUUUAUGACGCCUCCCAUCCCGUCCCUUCAACCGAGUCUACGACCCCUCCACAUACUAACCAAGAUAACAUUCCCUCUUCUCCUGAACAAGUCAAAGAAGGCACUGAACCAUCACUAUACAAAUCAAAACCAGCGAUCUGGAGUUCCUCACUCGCUUCUUGGUCCCAAUCAGAGGUGGACGCGUUCUUUCACGCGUUGUCGAUCUACUCUCGCUGGCGGCCGGACUUGAUCGCAGAGGCCGUAAAGACCAAAGGCGAGGUCGAAAUUGUAGAGUUCCUCGUUACCCUGGAUUCUUGCGCGCGUUCUGGCGUCACCGAGACCAGUGACAUUGUGUCGACUGCCCUCGCCGCGGUAGAAGUAUCAGAUGAGUGGAUAAUCGCAGAAGAGGCCAUGGCUGCCGCUCUGAUUGUCGAAGAGGAUCACGGUGAACUUCAGGAACUGGGGGCACUAAGAAGAAAGAGGGUAAGGGACGCAAAGGUGGAUAUGAUCCCGAGAGGAAAACGGAGGCGUGUCGCGGUCGAAGUUGGCGCAGAUGCACUCAUAGCCUGUGAGGAUUCAGAGAGGGAUGAUGUCGAGGACGAGCCGAUGAGCGUUGAGGUCGCCAAGGGAAAGGCUCGCUUCGAAGAAUGGCACGCGCGUAAGAUCGCUGCUUGGGAACGAGAUGACUUGUUCAAGAAGCUCGAUGACAGUCAUUUACAAGUCUUGGAUGCGAUGCUGCGCGAGGAUGAGGAGGCACAGAAAAGGAAAAGUCUAAGCCGCGAAGGGAGUGCUGAUGUGAACCCACAGGGCCUGGAAAACGAAAUGAACAUGAACGUACUCUCUCCUACGUCUCGCCGACGCCAGACAAAGCGACUUUACAUGCGACGAAAGCGUGCACAGCUCCGAGGCGAAGAUGCGGUACCAGUAACACUCGCGAGGAUGAGACCUGGGAGGAAGGGGAAAGAGAAGGCAAUCACAGUAGUGGAAGAAACUGAGAAAGAGGAAGUCUUGCCCUUUGGAAAAGAAAUUGGGGAUAUGGUGAUAAUGGUUCCAGAUCUUGCUGAACCUGAACUCGAAGCCGAUGACGAUGACGAUGACGAUGACGCCGGGAACGCGAGUAAGGCGAUCACUAAGAAGAGCAUUAAAGUGCGUGGAAAAACGCGUUACCAGAAAAUUAGGUUCGAUUUCCAAAAUGCUGGGAUCAAUGCAUCCUACCUCGGUGAAUACGAUAUGGAUCUCUUUCAUCUUGGGCGCUUGGGAAAGCUCAUGGGGAUAUACAAAUCGCUCGAGCAAUGUCCAGAGGAUGAUGCUAGCACUACCUUCAUUUCCCCAGAUUUAAUACGGUACCUUCAAGCAUCAGUAGUUGCGUUCACGACAGAUGUUAUACACCGUGCGACCGUGGGGAAGGAACAGGAUAAUGAACUCAAGGGCCAGAAAAAAGUUUGGAGGUGUGUGCCACACCAGAUAAAACAACCAGUUGUCGAACAUGCAUUAAAGACGAUCGGUGCGAGAACCUUGAGUCAGCAAGAGCACUUUUCAAAGCUUCUUGAUCGGUACGAUUUAUCCCCGGACAAACGGAAGUGCAAACAAAAAUCUAGUCCCCCCGCAGAUUUGCAGGACGAGCGAGCGAACGCUGCCGGACAUUCUCCUGAUGCGAAAAGCUAUGAGAUGGCACUCUCGCCUCAUCGUGCAAUAUAUACACCUGCAUUUCUCGCUCCUGCCUCGUUUAAUAUCGGUGUUGUAGACACUUUUUUCCCGGGUUACGAUGGAUCGAAAGCCCUGAUCAAUGAGGAUUCGCGCGAUACGAAGGAGGGGUCGUUACUCUCGGACGAGACAGAUGAAGAGGCUUUAGAAAAUGAGUUGAUAGAGGACGAAAUGGUGGAUCAGGUUGAUAUGGAAACUAGUAAGAAAGUCGAAGAGCAGCUAUGGGCCGAAGUCGAGAGGGAGACGAUGCAAGCGUAAGGUCGAAGUAGUAAUAUUUGAAUGCGGAUAAUCAAUUUUAGCUACCCCAUUACUUUAUAGUUGCUUAAUAGUUAUAGUACAGUACAAAUGUGUGUCAAGC